AUGGAUGUCCUUGGUGUUUCGAUCGGAGUUGUCUCCCUUGUGAGUCUAUUCAAGACAUGUUUGGACCUCUUUGAGACGUUCGAAAAUGGAAGAAACCUUGGAACGGAGUACGAGAUACUUUCCACAAAAGUCGGUAUUGAACGUGUUCGGCUCGUGCUAUGGGGAGAUGCGGUGGGCCUCACAAAGCUGGCUUCGGAUCAGCAAAACACUCCUAACCGGCAAGAUGGGUUGGACUCUCGCCUCGUCGAGCCGCGCAUGGUUAGAGCAGUUUCUGAUAUCCUGAGUUGUAUGCGACGACUGUUUGAAGACAGUGGCUCUCUCACAAGACGGUAUGGUUUACAGGCGACAACAACGACUGAGAUGAUUGUCACCACCAACGGGGAAAAUGCAUUGUCUACAACAUUCCACAAGACAUAUGCCCGUAUACAGGCAUCUGCUUCGCGGAUCCAACGAAACUCCUCUCUAGUCACAGCGACGAGAUGGGCUAUCAAGGAUAAGAAGAGGUUUGAACGCUUUGUUGAAGAUCUGCGCGGCUUCAAUGAUAGCCUGGGUUUAUUAUUUCCAGAACUGGAUGCAAACUCGCGUCAGGUGAUGGCAGAUGACAUAAAGGAGUCAACAGACCUGAACAAUCUGCAGAUCGUCGAGCAGGCCGUGUCUGAUUUGGAGGGAGGAGAGUCACUUGCGGAAGCAGCGAGCAUCCGCAUUACUCAGUUAUCUCAGUAUUCCCAGAGUUUGUCGGAAGGCCAAACUGCACAGACAGAUGACAGUAUUGUCGACAUCGAUGUACAUCGCCUUACCCGACAGCUGGGGAAGCUCGAGGCCUCGAUGAGCAAGAGAGUUGAGCUACGAGGUGGGCUGCAGUUCAGCCUCGGCGGGACCGUGGGAGGAGACUGUUUCGCAGAAUACUCAUUUUAUGGCAUGGAUACUGAGGACUUCAUGGUGGAAAGGCAUAAGGAGGCUCAAUAUGUCAAACGUGGAGUUCUUGCAUGGUCGUUGAUGUACAUGUCCGACCGGAAGAGACAUGAUCAAGUCGAUUUCAGCCGACAAGAUUCAGAGUGCCACCGGCUUUAUGAAGGGAAGCUCCCUGGUACGCGAAGCAUCGAUGGUUAUAUCGCCGAUUUCAACAUGUGGAUACAAGCCAACAAUCCCACGACUGAGCGAUUUUGGAAUACAUUGGGGGCUCUACCAGACGUCUCAUUUGUGAAACUUGUCGAGCGGGCACGACGUGCACAGCUUCAAGGCGAACGAUUUUGGAGUUACGACGAGCCCUCAACAAACAGCAAUCUCGAGGAGCUUAUCGGUCCAGCACACAUGGGGUCCAGGAUGCAGGAUCAAGUGACGGAGCUGCUGAGCAUUCUUAAUCGUCGCAGAGACUUUCCAGACGUGCUUGAUGGCGCCUCACUGGCAACCAUUGCCCUCGGCACAUCCGAUAGUCUGUAUAGCUUCCUUUUGCUGGUUAUUCUAGCUCACGAACUUCGCCUGCGCAUGCAUCAACUAUCUGAUAUUGCUUUUGGUAAUAUCAGUCGCCGAAUCGUCGCUUCGAUGCACGCUUCAGAGCGAUGGCUUGACGGCGUCCAUCUCAAAAUUCCGGACCCGAAAGGCAAGCCUAAUAAUGUUGAGUUGCAUAGCCUGGUCCAUGAACGGCAGGUUGAAGGACUCGUCCGCUUCGCCGAGAUGAUGGCGUGGCCGGCUCUUGGAGAGAUGCGCAUCUUCGCGGAGGAGGCAUAUGCCGGUAUCAGGGCAGGUAUGAAUACCAGCACUUAUCUCUGGGACUGGCUAUAUGGCCUCAUGUUGCCUGGGAAUGCCUUCAUUUUUGCAAUCAUGGCCGCGCUAGUUGCAGCCACGCCAAGUUUGCAACACCUCGCAGCUGCUGAGUACUACAAUUCGGGACUAGUGCUGAAAGACCGAUCGUACUGGCGGGCGAAAACAGUGUUGGGUCGUGUCCUGGGCGGGAUGAAAGGGGUCAGAGCGGCCAAUGGCUGGAUUGGGCCAUGCCCGGCCCCGGUGGAUGUCCGAGAAGAGGCCCUUAAGGGGGCUGGUGGCGUGUGCACGCGAGAGAUGUCGCCUUUAACCGUUUUAUGGCCCGAGAUCUAUCAGCAUACGAAGGCCGCUUCUCCCGGCUCCAUAGCAGUGACGAAGAUUCAAUCGUCAGAUCAGGUUGAAUUCCGCGCCCUGCGUUUCCAGAAGAUUGGGUCAGUCUUGCACGGCAGCUCAUCGCCCGUGGAAGACACACUGAACCCGACUGGUGUGGAUAACGAUCGAGAACCAGAGCAGAGAGCUAUUCUUGAUCUGCUUAUCAACGGUCGCCUGGUGAGCUUCACCCUAUAUAGCAGCCCCGUAUUCAUCACGGCACCAGCAUGUAUAGAUGGACCCCAUGCUGUCCGGCAACGAGACCUUCCCAAGAUGCAACAUAUCCUGAGGACGAGUGAACUUCCAGACCAUGCUCACACUGACAAGAGGAUACUCAUCAUUGAUGCAACUGGAAAGGGAGAAUGCGAGCUAGUCGCGCGAGCAUGGUGCUCUCAAAAUGGACAACAUGCCAUCAUUGUGAGAGGGCAGGAGACCCUGGAAACACUAUCCGCGGCUGCAAGAUAUGGUGUCAACCGAGAGAUCCUUCAAACAAAGAUUGAAGUCGAACGCCUACGGCUCAUGGUAUGGGGGGAAUCUGCAGGACUGACCGAUAUUGAUCCUGAUAGACCCGAAGAUGAGACUGCCAAUGAUCUCGGUAUCCUCGACGAGUCCCUUCGAGGCGCAGCCCUACGCCCGGCCGUGGCAGGCCUUUUGGCUUGCUUCUCCCGUUAUUUUCAAGAUCAACGUACAUUCAAAGUUCAGCAGAAAACGUCGGCUUUGAAAAAAGCGAGAUGGGCUGUGACAGAUGAACGCAAGUUUCGCGGUCUCAUUGCGGAACUGAAGGCCAUCAACGACUCGCUGGAUUCCCUGCUGCCGGCCAUCAGAGAUAAGACGCGAGUGCAGAUGCGCACUGCCAUCAUGCGAAGCACUGAUGUGAAUCAAUUGCAAAAUCUAGUCACUGCUGCUGAUGAGGCGACAGACCUCAUCGCUGAGACGGCGAGCUUAAGACUUGAGAUGCUGUCCACGUCAGGUCACCUAGGAGGCGUGAAGCCAGCCCCAAAAAUUGUGCAAAUAACAGGGAUGUCCAAGGAUUUGGCAGAGAAAGGCAUGGAUGGUCCGUUAGCUACACAGUCCCCAUCAUCGGGGUCUACAUCAGUAGUGCAAGACCUAAUUGCCGCCACCAUCGCAGUGUCUCUGGGCCCUGAUUCCCCGUCUGCGACCCCGGUAGAUGAUAUUUAUGAUGACACUGGAGCAUUGGUGAUACACAAAGCCUAUUAUAAGCCUGACAGCCUGGCAUGUUUCUCAUGGCUUGUCGGGCUAGGUGAGACUCCAGAACUGGCAGAAGUUCAACCUGCGUGUGACGAUGUCUUCGAUUUGCAAUAUGUCUCGGAGUCCAUAUCGGGAUUUGCUGAAAGUUUGUUAGAAGCGGAGGUCGUGGGCGACAGAAAGUACGCCGGGUGGUCUCCCGGAUCAGUAUCAUUGACAGGUUUUGCGAGAGAUUCUUCUUUCUGGAAAAGGGCAUCAGAGCUGGAAAAGAGAGCAAAGCCUCCCAGCUGGCAUCGAGUUACUUCGAAGCAGCUCCACUCUGACUUUAUUGACAAGAGGUGGAAGAAGUUAGUAGAAGAGGGACUUGGACCUGAGUUUAAGGAGAAGGAGGGCUACGAGCAGGUUCGGGAGUUGAUCGGCCCUAGCGAGUACGUCUUCAACGAGUACACAUGGCUUGACCCAGAAGAGGGUUUUAAGCUGCGACAUCAGAUCACCGACCUACUUGGGGCCCUAAGUAGCUCGAUCUUGCCCAGCUUCGAGGUGAACGGCAGUGUCGCACUUCUUGCCUUUUACGAGAAGAUUGAUCCAAAUUCGCGGUUUGGGUUUGCCGAUUUUAUGAGGCAGAUGCUCAUCGCUCGCGAGGUGACACUGCGAAUCCAGCGAUCCAAUCAACGCUGGUAUGGAGGAAUCACGCCCCGCGUUUUGUAUGAUAUGAUCGCGGCUGAUCUAUGGGCACGUAACAUGGAGAUUAAGCCCACUGGUGGGUAUGAGGUUUCUAAACGAGUACUUCAGCAGCAGAUGCAUGGGAUCAUCAAAUUUGUCGAUGAGAUGCAAUGGCCCUAUGCAGAUGAGGUCCGUAAGACAGCAAACCAUCUGCUUGAGGCAAAAGCCCACGAAAUUAGCGUUGACGUGCGAAUCCAUGACUGGAUGGGUGGACUCGUCUUUCCAGGCUCACAUUUCCCUCUUAUUAUUGCGGGUGUUGUGUACAAGCUCUCGCCGACCUUGGGAUCUUACAUGCCGACCGAGACGGUCAAGGUUCGCGAGGGAAACUUUGGUAUCGUCUAUCCUGGGGCUUCAUAUUGGAAUGUGCGCUCCGUCUUAGGCAAAGUACUGGCUCCACUGUCUCGGGAUCAGCAGACAGGCAAUCCCAAGGUUCGUUGUUUGGGGGGCUGGAUUGGGCCUUGUCUUUCGCCUUCCCUCCCUGAAUCCAGACUGGGCACGACCGUUUCUUUGGCGACUCGACAACCUCCCUUUGCCCCCCUAGAGCUGGAUGGUGGUGUUGAUACCGCUGCGACAACUUGGUCAGGCAUGGGAGGACAGGGUGAAGGGGGCGAGUGGACACUUCCGACACCUCCUGAACCAUCGCUUGAUACAGUCGCAGUUCAGACUGUUCGCCUCUCCAAAGUGUCAAAAGCUGAUCUGAGUGCUGGAGAUGCACUGCAUUAUACCGCACGCCUUGACUUUCGCCUUGGGCGUAGUCGCACCUUUGUAACAUUCACAUUAUACACCAACAGCGUGUUUAUUGCCGUGCCACCAUGUCGAGGCUAUCACAGAAUAGACCCACAUGCGGCAAGCCGGUUCACCUUUGAGGUGAAAGAAAUUGAAGAACUUGCGCGUAUCUCUAAAAAGGGCGAUGCUGCCGCUAAUAUGGCUAUUCUGGUUGUCAACGCCAGCGGAGGGCCUACCAGUGAGGUCUUUGCACGCGCAUGGUGCUGUCACACAGGGACUAAUGCCGUGAUGUGGAAGCGUGAGGAGGGCAAAUGCUGCUUCAAGUGCGCACUUAUGGUUGCAUCCACAGAUGGCUUGGGGACAGGGGUUUUGAUUGCUUGCUAA